AUGUUUUCUUCUGCUUCAUAUUCUGCAUUCAUUGGUUUAGCUGUCGUAACCACACUUCUAUUUAUAGUGGCGUAUUGUGUACGUUUAAAUCAUAUUCAUCGACAUAUUGCACCACUUCCUAUGCAAGUUGUUGUUUUAGCUCAACCUCAUCAUCAUCAACUAGACUAUCCUCAAAUAUGUUGGUCAAUACCUAUUGAACAACCACCACCUCCUUAUACUGCAGUUGUUACUCCGAUGAAUACUAACCGAAAUAAUGUACAUUCUAGUAAUGUAUCAUAG